ACUCGUUACCGUGGUCGGACCUCAGGCCUAAUCUAGAAUUUGACCUCAUCUGCUCUCAACAGUGUGUAUUGUAUACACAAAGAGGCAUGUCACGCCAAGGUUAUGCUUCUGUGAACAUAUGAGGCUGCCCCAUGUAAAACAACUUUAGUUCAGUAAUGGCAGUGACUUUUAUAACUAGGAGCAAACAAUGACGAACCGUAUGCGGAUUGCCUUGCUUCAGUUAUUGGCAAGAGACACAAAGUCAAAAAUCCUCCAGAAGGCGGAGGAAUACAUAACACAAGCCGCAAAAAAUGAGACAAAACUUGCUAUUUUGCCGGAACUGUUCACCGUAGAACUACAUCCUCCCGUGAUGAUGGCGAACAAAGAAAGCAUACCUGACGGAGAGACGUGUCAGCUGAUGUCCCACCUGGCCAAGAAACACAACAUGCAUAUUAUCGCAGGUUCUGUACCAGAAGAAAUAAAAGGAAGCGAGAAAAUGAAAAACACAACCGCCAUAUUCAAUCCAAAGGGAGAGUUGGAAGGGAGGUAUACAAAGAUGCAUUCUUUUGAUGUUGAUUUGGGAGAACAUUUAUGUAUUCAUGAAUCUGAGUGGUUUGAACAUGGACACAAACCGGCUACCUUCAAAACUGAUAUAUGUAAAGUUGGAGUAGGAAUCUGUAUCGACGUUCGAUUUCCUGAAGUAUCACGAUAUUACACAGAACAGGACUGUAAAUUGCACGUGUACCUUGGAGCUUUUAGCGCAGAGAGAACCGGACCUGCGCAUUGGGACGUCCUGUUGAGGGCACGUGCAAUCGACAACCAGGUUUACAUAGCAGCGUGUUCCCCCGCGGCAGAUAAAUCACACCAUUACGAGGCGUGGGGUCACAGUGCCGUGGUGGAUCCAUGGGGGAAGAUAAUAAGCCAGGCAGAGGGUGAAGAGGCUUUAAUAUAUGCUGAUCUAGAUAUGAAUUAUCUUAACAAAGUGAGAAGUCAACUUCCAACGGAAAACAUUCGUCGUAAAGAUCUGUAUCAUCUAACAUACAACUGGUAGUGGAAAAAAAGUGUCAACCAUAAAAAUGGUAUAACGAUUGUAUACAACAGCACUUGCUGUAAUUUCAAAGAGCAGAUAACUCGUAGUUACAAGGGAUUCCUAAAAGACAAUGCCCGGCAGAUAUGAAGUUGAAGAGUUGUGUAUACCUACGUAUCUUCAAAAUGUAGAUGAUGUAUCCUCAGUAACUGCAGAGAAGUUGUUUAUAUGUAGUCAAUAUUUAUGGUGCUUGUUAAGAUGUCCUAAAAUUAAAAUAUUAAACUUUAG